AUGGACAAGGUCCACAGCCGCCCGGCAGGGCAUAGUACCCGACCCGAGAUCAACCCCAGUAUCCCAUAUGGAGGCAGGGAGCCCACAGCCAGGGUGAUGCCCCAAUCCAACCCCCGCCGCAGGCCGCACGGGCACGGGCACGGGCACGGGCACGGACAGAGUAGGCGCAGCCGGCUAGUGGGGGGCCAAAACCAACCGGGGAGACCAGAAGGGAAAGGCAGGCCAAUGAAUGGACCCUUCCCCUGCCCCCACCACCCCACCACCACCACGCCAGCCAGCCAACCCCAGCCCAGGACACCGCCCGCCCAACCCGCCCGCCCGCCCCCCAUACAGAACCGCCAGGACCCAGGAGGCCCCCCAGGCCCCGCCCCAGGCAGCCACAGGGACAGAGUGCAGAAGCGUCCAGAGGGGGAACCCAGGACCAGACCCCACAACCCCACAACCCCUCCACCUCCCCUACCAGUAGAACCAGAGGCCGCGCAGGCACCCAGCAGGCACUGCCAGCCCCCCGUCAAAAGGCCCCGAGCCCAACCACAGGCCCCGGCCACCGUCACCGCAAAGGGCCCCACCAAACCCAACACCCCAACCACACCGGGCGCAGGGCCGACCACCAGUGCCAGGCCGAAUCCCAAGGGCCAUCCGAGAGUUACCGCAAUGCCCCUUUAA